UCAAGCUGAAAAUGGUCUUUAAUAUGACGCUGAUGAGGCUGUCAAGAGUGUGAAUUGUGGAGCGUCGUCGACGAAUGGCGGAUGCAGAUUCACACGUGGAGAUUUUGCCAGAUCUGGUGCUUUUAGCCACAUUAUUUCACACCAGCAGUGAAGCCAGACUCCAACAUCAAUUUUAGGGAUCCCAAAAUUCCAGCAGAUGCUGUCCAGUCCAACACCAACUGAAUGACCCAACUAGAGGUUACCCAUUGUAUCGCAGUUGAUAUCCAGAUUUGAUUGUAUUAACAAGACCAAAUGGAUGUCCAAGUGCAAAGUCAAGAGCUGAAUGAAGAGAAGAACCAUGAUAAUGUCACAAAAAAGAAUUUAUCAAAAAACAGAAGAACUACAAAGACCAACAAGUCUUUCACUUGCCGCGAGUGUGGAAAGAGUUUCACACUAAAAGGAAGCUUUAAAAAGCACCAACUAAUUCAUACUGGCGAGAAGCUUCACACGUGUCCUCAGUGUGGAAAGAGUUUCAUGCUCAAAAGCCACCUUAACAGACACGUGAGAAUACACACUGGAGAGAAACCACAUGCAUGUCAACAGUGUGGAAAGAGAUUUUCACAAAAGAUUCAUCUCAGUCGUCAUCUGCGCUGUCAUGAAAAACCAUUCAGCUGUGAUCAGUGUGGCAAGGAGUUUAGAUCCUCAUCAUAUCUCAACAAACACCUGACAGUUCACACAGUCGAGAGGCCGUACUUGUGUCCAGUGUGUAGAAAGAGUUUUUCACGGCUGGCCAAUUGCAGAAAGCACCAGAAGAUCCAUUCUUCUGUGAAAACUCAUGCUUGUGUGGAGUGUGGCAAGACCUUCAUUACACAUGAAAAUCUCAGAAAGCAUCUGAAAAGUCACUCUGAAGAAAGACCGUUCACAUGCGCUCAGUGUGGAUAUGGAUUCAAAGAGAAAGUCCACCUGAACAAACACAUGAGGAUUCACACUGGAGAGAAGCCGCACACAUGCCAUCAGUGUGGGAAGAGCUUCAUACAGUUGUCGGGUCUCCGUUAUCAUAUGCAUCGUCACUCUGGAGAAAAAACAUAUAAUUGUGAUCAGUGUGGGAAGAAAUUUACAUCGUCGUCAAUUCUAAAAAGGCACCUGAUGGUGCAUACGCACGAGAGGCUCCAUAAGUGCUCUUUGUGUGAAAAGAGUUUUUCACGACCGGAGAAUCUGAAACAGCACCAAAAACUGCAUGAUGUUGUACGGGAUCACAUGUGUUUCGAGUGUGGGAAGAGCUUUACAGCAGCGAGUCAAUUGACAAAUCACCAAAGAAUUCACACUGGAGAAAAAACGUUCAGCUGCUCGCAGUGUGGAAAGAGUUUCACACAAAAAAGCCACUUAAACAAACACAUACAUAUUCAUAGUGAUGAGGAGCCGCAAACAUCGAGUCACUCUCAUUCAUCAAAUACAUAAUCUUUGAAAAUUCUGAAAAUGCUUGUUUUUAAUUUAUGUUUGGAAAAGAUGUUUUCACUCUGUUUUUCAGAUAAAGUUGUUUUUACUUUAUUGUUCAGAUAAAGUUGUUUUUACGUUAUUGUUCAAAUUAUAAACUACCAAACUAAAAACAAAUAAACCAAAGGUGAGCUAAA